CGGUUAAUUAAAAACACGUUAAAUUAUACAAUGUAGUGCUGUUACCUAAUUUCCUUAAGUUUAAUUUCACAAAAUUGGUGAUAAAUUAACGUAUUUUAUGAAAUGACACAAAACUGGGACCCCCCCACUGCAACAUUGUCUAUGGAUGUGUCUUUACAACAUUUCUAGAGCACUUCCUGCUGUGAUCCAGCUCGUGGCCCCUCAGCUGUCAUCAGCAGUGCCUCAGGAAACUGCGGCGAUAUUCAGCUGGCGAUUCUCUUGACAUGAAACUUCACAAAUAAAACAUGGAGGAAAAUGUGGAUGUCAAGGCUCUCCGGGCCAAAUUUCAUGCUCAGUUAGAAAUGUCAGGUUCUGGAGGUGGAGCUCUCAUCAAACCUCUUAUGGUUGGCGCCCUGCCAGAGUCCCUAACCAACGGAGUUGUCAGAAAUAAGCCAUCACCCGCUCCUCCGAGAUCAAUCCUUCCUCUGAACUCUUCGAGCGAACCAAAGAUGUUUGGUUCGGGGCCUCAAGGAGUCUUCCCGAGACCUCCUCCGUCCCAUCGCGUGGGACCUCAGGAGACUCCUAAAACACCUCCUACAGAAGUCAACAGGGUCAAACUCACGGGAGAACUUCUACAGAACAAGCUACUAAAACAACAGGGCGAAAUGAAGCCGAAUUUCAAGCCGAUGCUACCGAGCCAAAAGAGUUUAGUUUCAGACGUAGCACCUCUGAGGAAACCGCUCCCAGCUGUCGGGGCACGGCCGUCGAAGCCGAAACGACCUCCGCAUGUAAAUCUGGAUCAUUUUAGGAAAAAAGCCCCGGCUGUUCUACCGAAAAGACAAAUGGAGUCGCAAAGCUUUAAAGGACCAGCCAGACCUCCAAAUAAACCCAACAAUCUGAUGAAAUCAUCUUUAUCAGAAUUAAAUGUGGACUCACUCCCACCGCCUCCUCCACCGCCCCCCAAACCCAGAGACUCGUGGACUGAUGGAUACCCAUCUCAGGCUGAUGAGGACAGCGAUCAAGAUAUUUAUGAAGACAUAGACAAACCAGAUGAGCUUCCACCUCCCAUCCCGGCCGAAAGGAAAAUCGCAAAAGAUGUUAAAAAGCCAAUUGAGCUGGAUAAGAAAGACCUUAAGGAAAAGCAGAAACGAGAAAAUGAGUAUAGAAAGAGAUUUAAGCUGAACGGACCCAUUGAAGUGAUUCAUUUGGCUCGCGUGAGAGAGGACUGCCAGGGUGGGAAAAACGACCUGAGCGUGCAACAGGGGGAGAAUGUGGAGAUUAUCCGUGUGAACAACAACCCAGGGGGAAAAUGGCUGGCACGAGACGAGAGGGGAAGCAUUGGCUACAUCAGUACAUCAUGUGUGGAUGUGGAUUAUGAGGAAGUGAAACGGAAAAUCCGUGGUCAAGUCGCGCCCCCCUUCAUCCCUCCUGUGGACCCGGAAGUCUACGAUGACGUUGACUCCAAUGAACUCAACAGCAGUUUUCAGAGUGAUGAUGUGUAUGAUGAUGUUGACCAUGAGUUUCCUCCUCCUCCGCCCGAGAUCAGUCAAGAUCCAAAAAAGGCCAAGCAGCAGGAGAAAGAAGAAAAAGACUUUCGGAAGAGGUUUAAGUUUGAAGGACCCAUCCGAGUUGUUUACAGCAUGAUGGUGGAUACUAAUGCCAGUUUAAAGAAGCCUGGUAACAAAGAACUGACACUGGUUCGUGGAGAGAUUCUCGAUGUCAUCCAGGAGACCAACGAGAAGAAAGUUUUGUGCCGCAACAGUCAGGGGAAAUUUGGAUACGUGCCUUUAAACUAUCUUGUGUAUAUGGAGGGUGAAGUUUAUGAUGAUAUUGACAAUGCAACAGAAAUAUAUGACAAUGAUGACAGCUGACCUGUCUGGAGAUGAUGGUUAUCAUCAGUUAAGAUGCGUUUUCACCUGAGAAAAUAGAGACUGAUCAUUUGGGAGCACCAAAUGAAUGAAUCACAUGGUUUGAAGGAAAAUAUGGCUCAACGCUUUGUAUAUUGUAGAAUUAAACUGAAAUAAAGAAUCAUUUUGUAUCUGACAUGCUGUAAUUUUAUAAGAAUAUUUUUGAUAUUAGUAGUACUGUACUGUAUUUUUUUUCUUUUGUAAUAUAUGGCAACCCAGCAAAUGAAAUGAAAAUCAAUAAAUUACUAUAUUUGUUGUUUUUUAUUAUUCAUUUUGAAAUGUACUCACAUCGCAACUAGUCUACUUAAGAGUAGAGACCGGAUCUAAAUGCAGCAAAAUCUUUAAUUAAUAUCCAAACGUAAACACAAAUCAUGAACAAAUUCAAAGCAUGACAAAAACAACACAUAACACUAAUAACCGACAAGAAACAUGCCAAACACAAGGGUAUUUACACAUAUUAUCACUGGAAACAAAAAAUACACCUGGAGACAAUUAGGGUCGGGAAACAUGACCAACACCAAUGAGACAAGACAGAACCCUUACAUAACCCCUCCCCCUAUGGGCGUCUCCCAAAGGCCACUAAACAAAGUAAAAUUGGCCAAAACAUGAAAUAUACAUAACAAUAAGUCCAUGGGGGGGGGGGGGGGUGGCCGGGCCUGUGCUCUGGGGCAAUAACGGGCCUGAGUCGUGGCUCGUGGGGCAAUAGUGGGAGCACAGAUGCGCGCUCAGGAAAAGUGUGCAUCAAGAGCAACGAGGGGCGACCAUGAGCACUCUUUUUAAACCUAAAAUGACAAAUGGGACACUAGACUAGCUAGCCUAGAAAGCUCAGGAAUGGCCAUCUUGACCAUAGCAGAGAUAAAAAAAUAUUUUUUACAAUAUCAAAGUGGCAAUAAUAAGUGUCCAACCACAAUGUAGCCACUGGUGUAGUCUUUAAAUAUCUCAUUAGAAGUAUCAUGUAAUACAUUAAAAUAGAUUAAUAGUAGUCGGGCCAUUCCACCGAAUCUGUAUAUGAAGUUUAUUUAACUGAGUUCGGGAGGAGCAUAGUCAUGUGAUCCAACCAAUCAGCGCAAAGAGGUGCCUAUAAAUAGCCGUCCCUUAACUCGGUCCAGUGAGUUUUUUGCAGAAUCCCUCCUCCACCCCAUCACCUCACUCUCAGCUAAUACAUCUAUCCCAGUUAAAGAGGGAGGAGUACCCCGGGUUCGGGCUAAAAUUUCAAGCUCUGAGCCCUCCCCUCGGACAGCACACCAAAUAUGCUUUAUCUCAUUCCCUAUCAAUUACAUGUUAAUGCAAACUGAAUACUGAAAAACAGCAUUUUGAUCCAUCCCUGCUCACUAUCUCUAUACUUUACCCUUUAAAUAUAAAGCAUAAAAUUCUUCUGAUAUCUUUAUUUUUUGCAUUUUUGUGUGUGUCCACAUCCCAUCUUUGCCUUUAAAUAUUUUUUCCAUUGAUAAAUUCGUUAAAAAAAACAUUUUCAAGGGGAAGUGACAUCAUCUGGAUCUUCUGAAGGCCAUGUGACGAUCAAAAGUGACUUUUCUCAUUUUCUUUUCUGUAUAUUUUAUGAUAUCAAUGCUGUCAAUUUUAACAGUCAGUCA